UUGGACGAUUUACUGGGACUCUGAUUUCUUUGCUUCUCAAUGGAUUCUUGCAUUGCUACAUUGAAACCCAAUGCACACCCAAUCAAUCUCCUCAAAGGAGGUGACAGGGUUCCAUCGUUUUGGGGUGAAUGUACAAGAGGCAGCCUCAAGACCAGAGAUUUUGGCAGUUUUUGGAAGAAUCAGAGAACAACCCAUAAAGGAGUGAAAAAGGCCAAGUCUGGAGUUGCCUUCUCUGUUCUCACAUCACAAUCAGAUGUUAACAAAGAGAGUGUGACAUUUCAAUCUCCAAUAUUUGAGACUCCACGAGCAGAUCCAAAAAAUGUUGCUUCAAUCAUAUUGGGUGGAGGUGCUGGGACUCGUCUGUUUCCGCUCACUAGCAGAAGAGCCAAACCAGCUGUUCCAAUUGGAGGCUGUUACAGGCUGAUUGAUAUCCCAAUGAGCAACUGCAUCAACAGUGGGAUAAAGAAGAUAUUUAUUCUAACUCAAUUCAAUUCUUUUUCUCUGAACCGUCACCUUGCUCGCAUGUAUAACUUUGGAAAUGGAGUCAAUUUUGGAGAUGGAUUUGUAGAGGUCCUGGCCGCUACCCAAACACCAGGAGAAACGGGGAAAAAGUGGUUCCAAGGAACAGCUGAUGCUGUGAGGCAAUUUAUAUGGGUCUUUGAGGAUGCCAAGAACAAGAAUGUAGAGAAUGUAUUAAUCUUGUCUGGCGAUCAUCUUUACCGGAUGGAUUAUAUGAAUUUUGUGCAGAAGCAUAUUGAUACAAAUGCUGAUAUCACAGUUUCAUGUGUACCCAUGGAUGACAGCCGUGCCUCAGAUUAUGGUCUAGUGAAGAUAGACAACACUGGACGUAUUAUUCAAUUCGCUGAGAAGCCAGAGGGGAAUGACCUGAAGGCUAUGCAAGUUGACACCUCACUUUUCGGGCUAUCUUUGCAAGAUGCCAUGAAAUCCCCUUACAUUGCAUCGAUGGGUGUUUACGUAUUUAAAACCGAAGUUCUUUUAAAGCUUCUGAGAUGGAGCUACCCCUCGUGCAAUGACUUCGGUUCUGAAAUUAUUCCAUCCGCUGUGAAGGAUCACAACGUUCAAGCAUUCUUAUACAAUGACUACUGGGAGGACAUUGGAACAAUAAAGUCCUUUUUUAAUGCCAAUUUGGCCCUCACUGAACCGGACCCAAAAUUUCAAUUUUAUGAUCCAAAGACUCCAUUCUUUACGUCUCCAAGAUUCUUGCCUCCCACCAAAGUUGAUAAAUGCCGGAUUGUGGAUGCCAUAAUUUCUCACGGCUGUUUCUUGCGAGAGUGUAGCGUACAACGUUCAAUAGUGGGCAUACGGUCACGAUUAGAAAGUGGAGUUGAACUAAAGGAUACAAUGAUGAUGGGGGCGGACUACUAUCAGACUGAAUCCGAAGUUGCAUCUCUACUAGCAGAAGGAAAGGUUCCAAUUGGUGUUGGACAAAAUACCAAAAUCAGGAAUUGCAUAAUUGACAAGAAUGCCAAGAUAGGAAGAGACGUGGUCAUUGCAAAUGCUGAUGGUGUUCAAGAAGCAGACCGGCCAAACGAAGGAUUUUACAUUCGAACUGGUAUUACAGCCAUAUUGAAGAAUGCAACAAUUAGAGACGGAAUGAUCAUAUAAACCAUGUGAGGUUCUUAGGAGCUAAUUAAUCAGACUGUCGCCCUCCUGGGAUAGCAAGUAGUAAUAAUAAUGCUUUGCAUAUUACACGCUCCUUCGGCCCCCAUAGAAGAUCCUGUAAAGAAGUAGGUUUUAAUGAAUAAACGUGCCAACCGGCUUUCAUUGG